AUGGUUUUUAUGGCAUACGGUGUGAAUGUCCCUCAGACUUGCGCUAUCCUCCUUUCGCUACUAUCUUCGCUUUCUUCUCAUGGAUCCUGUGCGGUUUUACUGAGUAGCGAGUGGACCCCAACAAUUACGGGUUAUCAGCCAACAUAUCCCCCUUCUGGACUGCCGAAUGAUAACAGCGUGUGA